AGUCAAUCUGCGUUUCGCGGGCUGGCGCGCGGAGUGGACAACAUGGACGCAGAAAUGUCGCAGGCAGAAAAUGGGCAGAAAGCAGGAGAAAGCGGACAAAAGUCGGACACCGGCGAGUCUUCGUCUAAGAGCUCAGGAUAUUCGUACGAUCUGCCCUGGGUGGAGAAGUACCGGCCGCUGAAGCUGAACGAGAUAGUUGGAAACGAGGAGACCGUCAGCCGACUGGAGGUGUUCGCCAGGGAGGGGAAUGUCCCGAACAUUAUCAUAGCGGGACCUCCAGGGACCGGAAAGACCACCAGCAUCCUGUGUUUGGCCCGAGCACUGCUGGGGUCUGCCAUGAAAGAUGCCGUGCUGGAGCUUAAUGCGUCAAAUGACAGAGGCAUUGAUGUGGUGAGGAACAAAAUUAAGAUGUUUGCUCAGCAGAAGGUCACGCUGCCCAAAGGUCGACACAAAAUCAUCAUCCUGGAUGAAGCUGACAGCAUGACGGAUGGAGCUCAGCAGGCCUUGAGGAGGAUCAUGGAGAUCUACUCCAAGACCACCCGCUUUGCGCUCGCCUGCAACGCCUCAGAUAAGAUCAUCGAGCCCAUCCAGUCUCGCUGCGCGGUGCUGCGCUACGCCAAGCUGACCGACGGGCAGAUCCUGUCCCGGCUGCAGGAGGUGAUCGAAAAAGAGCGCCUCUCGGUGUCGGACGACGGCCUGGAGGCCGUCAUCUUCACCUCCCAGGGGGACAUGAGGCAGGCGCUGAACAACCUGCAGUCCACCCACUCCGGCUUCGGCUACAUCAACAGCGAGAAUGUCUUCAAAGUGUGCGACGAGCCUCACCCUCUGCUGGUGAAAAGCAUGCUGGGACACUGUGUGGACGGGAACAUUGACGAGGCGUACAAGGUGGUGGAGCAUUUGUGGGGGCUGGGCUACUCCCCAGAGGACAUCAUAGGCAACAUCUUCAGGGUCUGCAAGACCUACCAGAUGGCAGAGUACCUGAAGCUGGAGUUCAUCAAGGAGAUUGGAUACACCAAUAUGCGGGUGGCUGAAGGCGUCAACUCCUUGCUGCAAAUGGCCGGUCUGCUGGGACGACUCUGCAGUAAGACGGCGCCCCCUGCUGCCAGCUGAGGGUCGGUGCUCGCUCCCCCAGACCCGUUUGCAGCUGAGCGGCCCUCCACUGAUCGGUUCUGAUCGCCUCUCUGACAGCAGCUCACACUGGCCGUUUGUGCCACAGCAUCAAAAAUAGAACUUUUUAUAUAUUUUGCAAUAAACGCUGCUGCCUCA